AUGGGCAAGUGUUAUGUCUGUUCUAAACCUGCAACACAAACAUGCACUGGCUGCAAAGAAGCUGUUUACUGCAGCAAAGAACAUCAGAUCGCUCAUUGGAAACAGCACAAAGUUAAAUGUAGACCAUAUGAGAUUCAAAAAUGUCCUGAAUUAGGACGUUUCUUGAUUGCGACACGUGAUAUACCACAAGGAACUAAAUUGAUUUCUGAACAUUGCUUAGUUCUCGGGCCUAAGACAUCUACUGAACCUUUAUGUCUGGGAUGUUAUCAACCUCUAGAUCCCGAAACUAGUUCAAGAUGCCCAUCAUGUGAAUGGCCAGCAUGUGACGCGAGAUGUCCUGGGUUAACGAUGCAAGACCAUCACUUACCAGAAUGCAUCGUUUUCAGCCGGAACCCGCUGCCAGCUAGAAUCGGAAGAAUGAAUUAUGAUGCAGUACUCCCCCUGAGGUGCUUAUUGAUGCAGAAGAAGAAUCCGAAAAAAUGGAAACAACUUCUUUCAUUAGAAUCUCAUUUCAGUCAAAGAGAUAAUACCAAUAUACAAAGAGAUAAUAAGACACAUACCAAAAUUGAAGAAAAGAUUGCAAAGUAUCUCAAAGAAAACUAUUUAUCAUACCUAGAACCUGGAAUUAUAACCAAUACUUCAUCAGAAGUAAUACAUGUGCUUUGUGGUAUUAUUGAAGUCAAUGCACUCGAAAUUCCUACAGGAGAUGGAGAGGUAAUGGCAAUUUAUCCAAACGCAUGUCUGAUGGAACAUAGUUGUUUACCUAAUGUUAAGUAUACAUUUAACCUAGAAGACUUCAAAAUAUAUGUCGAAUCCUGCGGUGAUAUCAAAAGGGGAGUACAUCUAUGUACGAUGUACACUCAUACACUAUGGGGUACUGCGGCUAGGCAGGAUCACUUAAAAAGAACAAAAUAUUUCACUUGCAAAUGCAAACGAUGUACAGAUCCAACUGAACUUGGAACUAAUUUCAGUACACUCAGAUGCAUUGGCUCGUCGCCGUUAGAUGUUACCGAGAAAUGUGAUGGAUUGGUUAUUGCUAAAAGUGGAGAUGAAAAUUCUGACUGGUCAUGCACUAAAUGCCCUCUAAUACUAUCCGCAAGUCAUGUGUCAGAUUUAGUGUCAAGGCUCGGGGCCGAAGUGGAUGCUGUGAUGGAGGAACCUUCAGUUGGGAAGCUGGAGAAACUUAUAUCUAAUCUACAAAAAUUACUUCAUCCAAAUCAUUACCACUGCUUCACAGUAGAACAUUCUCUAAUCCAACUUUGGGGCCGAGAAGAAGGCUAUAUACACAAUCAGAUGACAGAUUCUCUUCUUAAUAAAAAAAUAGAAACAUGCAGAAGAUUGGAGACAAUCACAGAAUCAUUAGACCCCAAAGGGAUUAGAACUGGUCUUUAUACAGGAGUUUGCCUACUCGAAGAAAGUUUGGCAUUGUCAGAAGUAGCUAAAAGGUGCAAAGAUUCAGUAACAGUUGAGAAAACUGUGAGGGAUGCCAGGAAUGCUUUGGAAAAAGCGAGGGACGUAUUAGAUGACACAGGGCCCGGAUCAAAACUGACAUCUGUUAUUAAUAUGACCUACAGUAACGUUAUGAAUGAACUCAAAAAAUUCAAAAUUGUUGAAUUAACAUAA